AAAAAAGAAACAAAAGUCGAUUAGGGUAUCGACUAUUACUCUCCUCGUCUUCUCCGCCGAAAGGAUAAGCUCUCCCAUGGCGAUUUCAAUGGCGAUUUCUGUUACAGAUUGAAGAAUUGGGGAUUUGUUCUUACUCAACGAAAACCUCGGUGGCUCUCCUUCCUCUUCUACCAUCAAUUUCAUCACCAUCUCACGUUUCUAAACAUUAGGUAUGUCUCAAGAGUUACCAAAACGCCUUUUUAAGCCGGGUGAGGAGACUCAAGUCAGUCAGAUCAAUAACAACUGCAGGAUGGUACUGUAUCUCAAAAGGUUGGAGGAAUGGCUGCCAAAGGAGUUGAACGAAGUGAAGAAAGAUCGGGUUUUUGCUCCGAUUUUCAAGUUGCACGAGAAUGGUUUGGGUUACUCGGCGAGGGUGAUACACAGUUUCUUGUGUAGGGAGCUCGUGACUUACAAAACACAUGAGCUUUGGUUUGUCUUUGCGAGGAGAGCACUCCGGUUUUCGUUGAUGGAGUACCAUGCUGUUACCGGGCUUGAGUGUGAUGCUAGUCUCUCCCUUAAGGAGCCGGUUGACUGGGAAGAUGAUGGUGGUUUCUGGAGCUUAGUCAUUAAGAGUAAUAAAGGAAUUUCUAUGUUGGAGUUAUGGAAUAAACACAGGUUAGCUGUUAAGAAGUGGAGUAAUGCUGAUCGAAUUAGGCUGGUGUAUCUUUGCAUCAUUGUGUGUAUGGUUUGCGCGAGAGAUCAGAAGGCAAAUAUCCCCAUCAAGUACAUCAAGUUGGUCAUGGAUCUUGAGAAGGUCCGAAAGUACCCUUGGGGAGUUGCUUCUUUCGACCUUCUAUGCGAGUCAAUAGGUAAAACACGAGACAACUUGAAGGAGAAGACUACGAGUUACGUGUUAGAUGGCUUCUCCUACGCUCUUCAGAUUUGGGCAAUGGAAGCAAUUCCAAAAAUUGGAAAGCUCUGUGGAAGAAAACUGAACAAAAGUUUUAAGAACGGUCCUAGAUGCGUAAACUGGAUGGGAGCUGCAAAGAUUUCAUACCAGGAGCUCAUUCAUUUGGAGAACAUCUUCACACCCACGAUGAGAUCUAGAUUCGUGAAUGGAGAUGACGCUGGUGAGACUGGAGAUGACGACGACAGAGGCACGGAAGCUGCAGAUGAAGACGUCUCCGGUCAAGGCUGGAAGAGGAGGAGGCACAAGGCUCAUGAAGGAGGCGAGGCGGCAGCUGCGUCGAAGGAGGCGCACGGAAGCUGUAGUGGGGGAGACCCUGAGGCUGGAAGCAGAGACGACGGCGUCUCCGGUCAAGGAUGGAGAAGGCCAGGCGCACUGCGUUACGAAAAUGGUAUCGUAGAAGGGAUACCUAUGAUUGCUGCCGCAUACAUAGCAUUUGGUAAAACGCUAUCAAACCCCUAA